AUGGGCAAAAAGAGAGUUCUCAUCAGUUAUGAUGUCGACGUUGAUGCUGUCUCAGGCUGGCUGGGCUCCUACGGCGGCGACAACUCGCCCAAUGACAUCAGCAGAGGAAUAUUUGCAGGCACCGUUGGUACUCAGAGGAUGCUCAAGCUGUUCGAAAAGUACAACAUCAAGACGACGUGGUUCAUUCCUGGCCACAGCCUCGAAACGUUUCCAGAUGAUAUGGCUGCUGUCAGAGAUGCGGGACAUGAGAUCGGCCUGCAUGGCUACUCACACGAAAACCCGACCGACAUGACGAUUGAGCAACAACAAGAUGUACUAGACAAGACUUACAGGAUGUUGAACGACUUCUGCGACGGCAAACCACCGAGAGGAUGUGUCGCACCUUGGUGGGAGACCAGUGCGGAAGGCGCUCAGCUUCUCCUCGAUUACGGCAUCGACUACGACCACAGCUUGGCACAUCAUGACUGCCAGGCCUACUUCCUCAACACAGGUGAAUCCUGGACCAAGAUCGAUUACUCUCAGAAGGCUGAGACCUGGAUGCAACCUCUCGUUCGGGGCAAGAACACGGGACUAGUCGAAAUCCCAUCCAAUUGGUAUAUCGACGACCUGCCCCCGAUGAUGUUCAUCAAGUCGGCACCCAACAGCCACGGCUUCGUCAAUGCGCGUGAAGUUGAAGAUAUCUGGCGUGAUCACUUCGAAUACUUUUAUCGCGAGUACGACGAAUUCAUCUUCCUCAUCUCAUGUCACCCAGAUGUCUCAGGGAGACCUCAUGCUAUCUUAAUGCACGAAAGGCUGAUUGAACACUUGAAGAGCCAUGAAGGUGUUGAGUUUGUGACGAUGGCUGAGAUGGCCGAUGAGUUCAGGCUUAAGAACACGCUGGCUUCAGGAGCGUUGAUGCCCGCCGCACCUGGCUUGGUCCUGCGGAAAUAG